AUUUUGAAUCCAUUUACAACAUUAUUAACAGCGGAUCGGACCGUAGACUAGACUGGAACUGAGACUAUUUCGUGGGGACACAUUUCGGACAUCCAUCAGUGCACUGGCGCUGAGCUUAGCAGACGUCUGUCCUAACUUAGACCAGGGUAAGAGCUGGAACUUGGCAGGUGUGCUGAGGGUAAGACUUGAUUGACCACGAUGGAGCGGUCAAGAGUGAGAGAUGAGCGGUCAGAUGUUCUGCAGAGAGUCCGGAAAAUGAUGGAUGAGCUGGAGGAACCACUUCAGCAGCCGACGUCGACUGCUCCUCUGCAAGACGAAGAGGAAGAAGAAGAGAACACGAGAUUCACGAGCAAGCAGACAGACGUUUACGAUGAUGGAACAAACACAUUCUUCUGGCGGGCCCAUUCAAUCACUGUGUUGGUUGGAAUGCUGGCAGCUCUGGUUUAUGUUGCUGCCGUUGAAGAUGUGAAAUUAGACACAGCAUUCAAUAUAAAGAGAGGUAUGACUGCGUGUGUGAUAGCGUUCUGUAUGUUUGGAAUGACCCAGGCUAAAGACGGACCGUUCAAGCGACCUCAUCCAGCAAUAUGGAGGUUCUUCCUGUGCCUUAGUAUCAUAUAUGAACUCUUUCUUGUCUUUUUAUUAUUCCAGUCUGUUGAUGAUGCCCGACAGCUGAUGAGCUCCAUCGACCCAGACCUUGGCAAGGAGCUUCCAGAGAAGACGUACGCUGAGGACUGCAGCUUCUACACUCCGGGACACCAGGAAGGAACCUUCCAUAACUUCUGGGGAAAAAUGGACAUCUUUGUGUUGGCUCACGUCCUAGGCUGGUACUUCAAGAUGCUGAUGAUCCGAGAUUACUGGUUGUGUAAUAUAUUGAGUAUUGCGUUUGAGCUCAUGGAAUACAGCCUUGAACAUCAACUCAACAACUUUGGGGAAUGUUGGUGGGACCAUUGGAUCUUAGAUUUCAUUAUCUGCAAUGGUCUUGGUAUCUGGCUUGGUAUGCUGACCCUCAACUAUCUCAACAUUAAGACAUACAGCUGGAGGGGACUAUAUCAUAUACCAUCCUAUGGAGGAAAGCUAAAGCGGAUGAUCCUUCAGUUCACUCCAUACAGCUGGACUAGAUUUGAAUGGAGACCGACGGAGAAUCUCAAGAGAUGGAUAGCUGUGCUAGUCAUUUGUACAGUGUGGACUCUGGUUGAGCUCAAUACCUUCUACCUCAAGACUGUGCUGUGGAUCCCUCCACCUCACUUCAUCAACUGGGCUCGGCUAUUUAUCCUCGUCCCUGUAGGCUCCGUGGCCUUGAGGGAGACAUAUCAAUACAUCGAAGAUCCGUACUGCAAGAAGUUUGGCCAGCAAUCGUGGGUCUUGGUUGCUAUCACCAUCAGCGAGACUCUCAUCUCGGUCAAGUUCCAGUUUGAGGUGAUCACCAAGCCCUUACCCCGUCCCAUCGCUAUGGCCUGGUUGAUCUUUUUCUUAGUCCUAGUCCUCUGGACCAUCUGGCGAUUCUGCAUCUGGUCUCCGACCCGAUGGCACAGCUCCAGCCAUCCUGACCCCCAGGACGCUACCCAUGGCAAUGGUCAACUGGACGGAGAGGAGAAGGAAGUCACUCGGACGGUCAAGACCACCAAGAUGGUCAGCUCGGUCACCAAGCGCAGUUCCGCAUCGUCUCGCGUCGUAGGACCAGACGGAGACGGUGUGGACAAUGGUCUGGACAACCAUGGCAGCCCUUAUGCAACAAGGUCGAAAAAAGGGGUGGUCAAUGGAAAAUAAAAUUGUGAUCUCUGAAAGUAAAUUAUGUAACACAUACACAUGCAAUAGGCAUUGUUAUGUGCUGAUGUGAAAUAUAUUUUUAAACGUUUUCUACACCUUUUUCUCUCUCUGAAAUCUUUCCCUUUAAGGAACACCCGUAACUUUAACAUGAUAGUGAAUUUCACUCUGCACUAUUAAUUGUUGCAUGGUUGAUUAUGCACAAUGAAACAAAGUAACUCUUCCUUGUUCAUGAAGCACUUAUUGUCAGACAAUAAUUAUUUUAUAUACUUUUGGGACAAUGUCAUGGGUUAUUAAUAGAAUAAUUAAGAAUACCAUUGGUGGUACAGUGUACUAGAUUCAUCCUUAU